AUGCAAGCACUGCUCGGUGAUGAAGCACGUUUGCGUUCCGCAGACGCCGUUGAGUUGGCCCAGGCAGCUAUCAAUGCAGCUGAGGAUUUAAUUGUCGCUGGUGCAGACGCUUCGAACGUUAACGUUUUACAGGGCGCUGUGACAGCUGCAGUUAAGUUCUUCGCAGCGAAGAUCCGUGGGGCUCAACGAAAUGGUUCCCCUGAGGCCCCGGCUGAAACAGUGAUUGGUGAGAUCCCGGUGGCUACAUCGCCGGUCGCAGCUCCCAAGUCAUCGUUGAAACGUCGUGCUUCGCCAGUUGAGGAAAUCCGGGGUAAUAAGCAGGUCUGCCUUGGUGACAAUUCCUCAAAUGACACUGGCCAAGCUGAGGCGGAUCUGUUUUUUAAUCCCUGGGCGGAAUAA